CAGGAUUACUCCAUAGAAUAUUUUUUAUCCUUUGGAAUUUCCGAGCAAUGGCAAAAGAGUGCGCCGUGCUGCGAUAUCGUCCCAACGCUUCCAUCAUCCUCGUGGAUUUCCAUCCUUUACGUCAAUCUCGAUUGGAUCCACCUUCCGGCCGCUUCGUGGUCCUCAAUCCGGACUUUGUUUGAAUCACCCUACAACACGCUUAUCGCCUUCGUCUCUCUCGUCUCCCUGGCCCCUUUCCACCAGUCAUGCUCGUGCAGACAUUCCCGAGCGAGGUGGGAAAAGCACACCGCUGGAUCAAACCUCAGCACUCCAUAAUGCUGCAUCACUCGUGGCGGACCGCGAUGGAGAUUGAAACCUGACCGUGUUUCCAAUAUAAAAAAAUGUCCCUGCACCAAUCCCGUCGAUCGCUAUACGAAAUAUUGACCACCUUUGCACGGCUUCUUCGAGUUCUAUUGAGAUGAUGAUGUAACUUACAGAAAGCAGGAUCUAUUGUAUAUUGUGUUUGUCCUUGCAGAAGCCGUGUGCUCUCCACGUCUCGACCAUGUUGACAAUGGCGGCCACAGUCAUAGCGCAGCCUUGCUGGUUGUUGACGCUACCUGACGAGUUGAAACUACACAUUGUCAACUAUCUCGACACUCGUAGGGAUAUUUACAACUUGUCUAGAACAUGCCGUACCCUCGAAGACGCAGCCAUGGCUCGUCUGUACUACGACGUGGACUUGAGUCUAUCAGAAGUCAAAGCCUUGCGAACUCCCAUUCUCCGCACUCCAGUGACUCAUUCCGUUCGACAUAUCACACUCAGAAAUGAAAGGACAAGGAAGAGAGAUACCGAGACUGUCUCGCAGCAUGACCAAGUAGACCGGUUGUUGGACAUCAUACCCGCAGGUCGACUGAUCAGCUUUAUGCUGCUUCAUCAAACUGCCCUGACGGCACAGACCUUGAAUCUACUCACGCACCGCCACGGGACCAGUCUACAGUCUCUCGGUUUCUGCGAACUCGCUCCCUCGCUGGAGCCGACGAUCGUCCCCUCGAACCUGACCGGUCUCGAAUGUCGGACUGUCAACGACGGAGAAGGAGUUGAGAAGAUCAUAUCGGCAAGCACAAAUACUUUGCAGAGGUUGCACUUGGGACAGGAGAAACCACUGCUGAUGGCCUACCACAGCUCACGAGUUGGCUCGCUGGAACGAAUCCCACAACCAAAAGAGACGUUCUUUUCCGCUGCUUUUGCCAUGGAAAACAUGCCACGAUUGCGCGACCUCUCCCUCUCUGGCAUUGACUUGAUGCACCUUCGACCGUCGUCGAUUCCCCGGAUCCUGUUCUUCUGCGGGCUUGAACGCCUCUCCUUGGAGUCCUGCCCCGGCACCACGGAAUUUCUCGACGAGAUAGCGACGGCCUUUACCUGGGUCACAUAUUCGGCUGACGCUCCGCAGACUCCUCGCACCCUUCCGUCCCUCAGACACUUCCUCCUGCGGCACGAGAGUCCCACGGCCGCCCUCAAAGCCGCCCUGGUGCACUUUUCCACAUCCUUCACCGGUCUCCGCACACUCUCGGUGCUCUUCGAAAACGGCACCAUUUUCGAGCGACCUUCGACUCUGAUCGCUGGCCACGGCCCCACACUGCGCACGCUCGUCCUUGAGGCUCGCAUCCAGCCUCGCGAGCACCUCGGCCUGGACACGUCCCGUCCGUUCGGGGCCGGCGGAUACUCAUCGGACCUCUGGGCGGACACGAUCGACGACAUUGCACGCCUCUGUCCGAACAUCGAACAGCUCGGGAUGGGCUUCCCCUGGAGCGACGAGAUGGUGAGGUUGCGCAAAACAUCACUCCCCGCCCUCGCGCGUCUCAAGACGAUGCACGUCCGCAACUUCCCGGAGAACCGGGUCUGCUCCCAGGUCGGCGAUUACAGCAUCAAGGAGUACGCGAACAGGUUCAUCGAGUGGGCCUUUCCGCAGACCUCAGUCGGCAGUAACAAACCGAGUCUCGAGCAUCUCGCCAUUGGCCCCACAGUACACGAGAGUCGUUGGAAGAUGGCUCCCGGGGCUUUUGCUGCUGGUCCCAGGUCCUCCCAACCUCCCGAAUUCCUGAGGACUCAUCACUUUUGUCUGGAUUGGGCCCAGACACGUUUCGGACAUUGGAGUCCACUGACCACCCCGGUAAGUGAGAAGUUCAUGGAAGAAAUUAUAGGACAAAAACCCCUCAAAGGUGUGUUUGAGCAGGUGUGGUUGAAAUAGUGCCUCCCAUCUGUCUACUCAUUUUGCCAUGGCGUCUUAUUUCGGUGUGGAUGGCGUUCAAUUUGUGGUCGUCAAUUAGCGAUUGGUGUAGCGCUGCUCUUGGAAUUUUUUUCUCUCUCUUUUCUUCUUUCUUCUCGGGCAUCUAUCUUCAAACCAUAUGGAACCUUCACAUCGGCGCACGGAGAUUGGCUUUGCCCUUUGAUCUGUUUCCUUUUUACACACGUGAUAGAUCUUGUUGGGAUGGGUCAAAGGAGGAGUAGGAUGAGACUGAGGCGUUCAUUUCGGUGGUGGCUGUUCUGUUCAGGCUCACGACUAUAGAACCUGCCGGACGUCUGUCUCAAUCACUUAUGUACUUGAUGCGACUUUUUUUGGGCCGCCACGAUACCCCGUCUGCAAUUAUGCACGAAUAAAUAGACUUGAUUACUUCACAAUGACGACUGAUGAGCCAAAUAAAUAAACAUUUGUUGUUGACAUGUAAGUGCGAGUGCCGGGGUUGCAGUGGCUUUUUCUCUGUCUCGCAAAAGAAUACAGGAUAUACAAGUACAUAUAACGUACACAUGAAUCAUGCAUGUUGUUGUA